AUGACAUUGACCAAGUUCAGUCCAGAGCAUAUCAUUAAAUCCAUUUACAGCUCACCAUUUAACCAAUAUAAGAAUGGUUUAGGUCUCGUUUUAGAUGUAUCUUAUAUCACGGAUAAUAUCAUCGUGUGUUCUUAUCCAGUGAUGAAAUAUCCCAAGAUGUUUUAUCGAAAUAGUUUAGUGGACCUUAUAACAUAUUUGGAUGCAAACCAUGGAAGACGAAACUGGAAAAUAUACAACCUCAAAUCGGAAGUGAAUGAUUCAGACUAUACGGAUGAUGAUUUUGCAAUGAUUUUAGAAACAAAAAGGCUCUCUGAAUAUUCUAUACCAAACGAUCAGGGGUCGGCUUCCUAUAGAUCUCGAAGGAUGCUUGAAGAACAUUGCAAGUUAUCAGGGAUCAAAGAGAUUUUCAGGGCUACUAAUGAUGAAUCAAAAAAGCCACACCAACUGAUUGAUCCUCAAUUGCUCAGGGCAGGUUGGUUGGAUCACGCUCCCCCAUCUUUCCUCCAUCUUCAGACAUUAAUUGAAGACAUCCGAUCGACUAUCCUAAACGGGAAAGUGGCUGUAAUACAUUGUAAGAUGGGCAAAGGUAGAUCAGGAACAGCAGUAGUAGCAUAUUUAAUGACCUACCUACAGCUACCUCGUCAUGAAGCACAAUCUCUUUUUCUGAGUACCCGAUUCAAAACGGGAAUAUCGAGAGGAGUCACAAUUCCAUCCCAAUUAAGAUACCUAAAGUAUCAAGAAGUGUUUUUGAGAUAUGAUAAGUCUCAAAGAGGGCAAAUCUUACAAAAUUUACCUUCGUUACAAUUCAAGAUUAUAUCAAUAGAAUUUGUGAACCCCAUUGGCCAAUUCAGUUCUGAAAUGUUGAGGAAAUCUAACAAUACUACGGUUUCCAUGAAAAUACAAACCCACUCAAAUGAAGAAGAAGCACAUCUUAAAGAUUUAUUUAGCAAAGAAUGUUGUACUGGGAAAGACUCCCUUCGUUCCUUCUCCACCAAACAGAUCAUAGUGCCCAAUACUGUCAUUGAUUUCUCUGACAUUCGUUUGAGUUUUGGACUUCGAUCAAAAAAAUCACAGUUUAUCAAUAGCAUUUCACACUUAAGUUCGUUUUCAACAUUUUGGAUGAACCUUUAUUGGGAAUGCGUUCUACAAUCGAAAUGUCUCGAUAAUGACUCAAAUUAUGUACUACCCAAAAAUGAACGAUUUGAGUUCUCGAUUUUAUGGGAAGAGCUAGAUGGAUUUAAAGGAAUGUCCGGAAAAGGACUUAAGUUAUUCGACUCAGUUUGUGUAAAGUGGAAUACACUUUGA